AUGGCAGAGAAGAACCUGACUUUAGUGACUGAAUUUCUCCUGAUAGCAUUCACAGAAUGUCCUGAAUGGGGGCUUCCUCUCUUCCUCCUGUUUCUACUUAUCUAUCUCAUCACCUUGUUGGGGAACUUGGGGAUGAUUAUCCUGAUCCACAUGGAUCGCCGGCUCCACACUCCAAUGUAUUUCCUUUUGAGUCACCUCUCCAUCACAGACAUCUGCUACUCCUCUGUCACUGUUCCUCAGAUGUUGGCUGUGCUGUUUAAGCACGGGGCAGUUUUAUCCUACACGCGCUGUGCUGCUCAAUUCUUCCUGUUUACCUUCUUUGGCUCCAUUGACUGCUACCUCCUGGCCCUCAUGGCCUAUGACCGCUAUGUGGCUGUGUGCCAGCCCUUGCUGUAUGUCACCAUCAUCACAAAGAAAGCUUGUCUGUGUUUUGUGGCUGGGGCUUUCGUGGCUGGCUUCUUCAGUGCCUUGGUGCGGACAGUCUCAGCGUUCACACUAUCCUUCUGUGGGACCAAUGAGAUUGAUUUUGUUUUCUGUGACCUUCCACCUCUCUUAAAGCUGACCUGUGGGGACACCUAUACCCAGGAGGUGGUAAUUAUUGUGUUUGCCAUUUUUGUCAUCCCUGCCUGUAUGGUGGUGAUCUUGGUGUCCUACUUGUUCAUCAUUAUUGCCAUUUUGAAGAUCCCUUCAACAGGUGGUAGGGCCAAGACCUUUUCUACAUGUGCCUCUCACCUCACAGCAGUGUCACUCUUCUUUGGCACCUUGAUCUUCAUGUAUCUGAGAGAUAACUCCGGCCAGUCCUCAGAGGAGGACCGAGUGGUGUCUGUGUUUUACACAACAGUGAUCCCCAUGCUGAACCCCCUCAUCUACAGCCUGAGGAACAAGGAAGUGAAGGAAGCCCUGAGGAAAUUUCUCAGUCAACUCAAGUGGUCCUAA